AGACAUCAAUAACAUCGAGCUCAUCAAUAAGACAUUUUGAUGGAGUUAGACUGCUUAAUUAAAUAGAUUAGCUUGGAGGUAUUAGCCUCUCUGAAUUUAUAAUAUUGAAUCUGAUGACCCCCCAUGGAGAAGAUCUGAAGGAAGACUCCUCAGCAUCUCCAUCCACAGGACAGCGUCUCCCUCCCUCACUCACACACACAUUAUAAGACUUCCUUAUCUUUCCGUGAUGGCCAUCAACACUGAUGCCGUCUUUGGGAAAAGUGCCCUCGGCGAGAGGGAAAUUUCAAACCCCACUGACUUCCAGGACACGGAGAAGCUGCUGGGCGCCGCUACCACCGAGCCCGGCGGGCAGACCAACAUCAAACCGUCCGACUCCUUCUCCCUCAACAUCCGAGGGAGCGUCCGGUCCCUGGACGCGGACCAGACCGGACACAGGUCGCCGCUGAAGUCGGGCUCCGUCGGGCAGCUGGCGGCCCCACCCAAGUCCACGUCCCGGCUGAGCCUGGGCCAGCUGCCCUCCCCGGUGCCGCCCGGGUCCGUACCCCCUACUUACCUCUGGCUCGCCGUGCUGUCCUGCUUCUGUCCCGCAGUGCCGCUCAACGUAUGCGCCCUGUGGUACGCGAAUGUGUCCAGGUCUGUUCUCCAUACAGGGGAUAUUGAUAGAGCCAGGAAAUAUGGGCGUCUGUCUAUGCUGCUCAGCUGUCUGGCAAUUCUGCUGGGUGUGGCUGUCAUCAUCUUCAUAGUGUUUACAAUAGAGCUCCAGCAGUGAACCCUGGGAUGGAAGGAGUCACACAACCGACUCCUUGGACUUCACCUGAUCUCAAAUUUGCACAAAAGAGAUGAGGAAGAAGAAGAAGAGGAGGAGGAAGAGGAGUGAAGACAAAAAAAGCACAAAUCUUGAGUUGAAAACAAGUUUAGGAGACUCUUGAUUUAAAAAUUGUUGCUUUUUUUCUGCUGAAAAGAGAGAAAGAAAGAAAAGAAAGGAGAGGAGUCACCGGCUCUUUUUUCUGGCAACACUCACGUCUAUUAACCCCACAAACUCAGGAAACAAAGGGAGGAGGAUGAAGGCUGCACGCUCUCAUCAUGUCAGUUCAUCACGCAGCACAUCCUGGGAGAGAGUGGAAACUGCUCAUAGUCUAAACUAGUGGUGCACUGACAACACAGACAAUUGGAUGAUUCUACAUUUUGAUUAUGAGGCACAAAAAAAAAGAUGGCAUCAAAACACGACAAAAAAAUCCCAAAACACGUAAUAAGAUUUGCGUGUGAUGUGAAUAACAGAAGUCAUCAGUGAACCUCUGGUCUGUUUGUCCUAACAUUUAACUUCCGGAAGAACUGACUCUCCUUUCUGUUCGCCACAGGGUGUUUCAUGGAAGCAUAAGCUGAUUUCAUACACCGUUUACAUAAAGCUGUACACAACGCCCCGCUGCAGUCGUAGUGUGAUCUCUUGCUUCGCGUGCUACUAUGAUAAAAUGAACUGACUCUACUGGAACUGCCUGGAUCUCUACACCUCAUUAUGUUUACAAUAUACUGCAAGAUAUGAGAAAGGGGCUGUUCCCCCUGUAUGCACUGUUCCUGGCACUCUGAUGUUGAUGUUUAUACAUUUAUACUGUAUGACUGGUUAACGUGCCAUAAUUCUGCAUGUCUGAAAUAAACUUGAA